UAAAGGCCAAACAAAAGUGCACUUUGAAACUUUGAAGUUUGCAGCUUCAACAAGUUCAAAACAGGAACGUUCGUUAAAACAAAGCAAUUUCUCAAUUUGUUCCAUUGCGUUCCACGUUCAACUAUAUUCCUCUCUUCCGCCACACACGGUGGUUUCCACCUCACUCCGGCCACCUAGGUUUCCGAUUCCGUCCGUAAAGACACAGAAAACACGUUAACUAACUCAUCAACCUUUCGUUUCUCUCAGCUGAUCACAAUUUACAACAACACACUCUUCUUCUUGCUGCCCUCUGGCAUCUCAAUGAUGACUCCAGAGCCGUCAAGGGAGUUGGAGAAACUUGAAAUUACAGGUCAUACUGUUAGGGGGAAUACUGAAUAUGUUAGGCUUGCCAUAUCUGAUGAACCGAGGACUGUUGAAACUGAAAUGCUACAGCCUCAAGCUGAAUCAAGAUUUAAAUCUUUCAGGUGGUGGAUGAAAGCCUUUGUAUGUUGCUUUGUCAUUGUUAUACUUGCAAUUGGUCUAGUCAAAUGGGGAGUGCCGUUUGCUUUUGAAAAGGUUCUUUAUCCGGUGAUGGAGUGGGAAGCGACUGCCUUUGGCCGACCAGUUCUUGCCCUUGUACUUGUUGCUUCACUGGCUUUAUUUCCAGUAUUAUUAAUCCCUUCUGGCCCUUCCAUGUGGUUGGCUGGGAUGAUAUUUGGUUAUGGCAUUGGCUUUGUCAUAAUAAUGGUUGGGACAACCAUUGGGAUGGUCCUCCCUUACCUGAUUGGACUAAAGUUCCGUGACCGCAUUCAUCAAUGGUUAGAGAAAUGGCCCCAGAACGCUGCAAUGAUUAGGCUUGCUGGAGAAGGAAGCUGGUUCCAUCAAUUUCAAGUGGUUGCUCUGUUUCGAACUUCACCUUUUCCCUACACUAUAUUCAAUUAUGCUGUAGUAGUGACAGAUAUGAAGUUUUGGCCCUACUUUUGUGGAUCAAUAGCAGGAAUGGUGCCAGAAGCUUUCAUCUACAUAUACAGUGGUAGAUUAAUAAAGACUUUGGCUGAUGCGCAGUAUGGAAGGCACCACUUGACCACGGUGGAAAUCGUAUACAACAUUAUUUCUUUCGUCAUUGCCAUUAUUACUAUUGUUGGCUUCACCGUUUAUACAAAAAGAACUCUUAAUAAACUCAAAAUAGCAGAGGCAAAUGAAGAAGCUGCAUCUGUUUCUGGGAAUGCUAGUCUUGAGAUGAAGAAAACUUCCCAUUACACAUCUAAUCUACCAUGAUAGUAUCAGUGUGCAUAUUCAUGUAUCUAACAUUUGGUUUAGGACCACUUUUCUCUCCCAAUUUUAAACCCUUUGUAAUUACAGGAAUCAGCAUGUGGGAUAGAUAGAUCAUAGAAAGGUAUAAGCAGUUUCUUCUUUUUUUUCUCUAUUUUUUUUUUUUUUUUGACAGAAUCUCUUUUCUUUGUAUAAGCCUCUAUGCAAAUCCACACCAAAGCAUUUCAGUAAACCAAUUGAGCUAUCAUAAUAAUCGGUAUGUAAUAUAUAAUAAAUUGGAAAAAGACAACUGGUUAAAGAUAAAAAAAUGUAUUUACCUUAUAAUUUUGAUAUAAUAAUGGUAUUGGUGUGUAUUUUAAAAUAAUCUAAGAAUGUAUUUACUAUUGCUCCAAAAACAAUGUAGACACCAACCACUAUGUCAUGUUUGAAUAAUUGUAAUUGUUGUACCCUAA